AUGAUUCAGUGUAGUUCAGGUGUAGGAAGAACUGGUACACUUGCAUUAAUAAUCUACAUGAUCGAUAUGAUUAAAUUAAAAAAAUCAUUCGAUCCUAUUAAAUGCUUAGAUUAUGUCAGACAACGUCGCUACAAGGCUGUUCAAACUUCAAAUCAAUUUUUCUUUGCUCUAUCUUUUCUUUAUGAGCAUUUCAAAAAACGGAUAGUUGCUGUAAAUACUGAAAUAUAUGAUAAAUUUAUGAAAUUAGUACAAACAUUACUUGAAGAAGAAAAAAUAACUAUAAAUUAA